AGUUAUUAAAAGUUCACUUGGCCUGAAAGAAGAAAAAGGCGGAUCCGAAAAGAAUAUGAUUUUGUCUUGCAGAAGAGGGAAAAAGUGAGCAAAUUUUAUAAGAUGGGUACAAACAAGCUGCUAUUCUUGGACUUGGAAUAUAAAUGUUUCGUCACCGCCAACGUAAUUUAACUAUCUUUGACGUCAUAUGGGCUGCUGCUGCUGAUUAAAAAUGUUUCUACACCUUUCUUUCUUCUCCACGGACGUCAACGCCGUUUAACCAUAGCGUGGCGCGCCUUUUUACCAGUCAAUUUCCAUUUUUAUAUAUAAGUGCUUUUGCUUAAUUUAAGACUAACUACAGCGACGAAUUCGCGUUUAUGAAAUUGCUUCGCCUACGACUGCUACGAGUAUCUAGCUCCUCAAUAUCAUCAAUAAUGGCGGAAGGGGCUGCUGCCACAUCAGCAUCAGCAUCAGCGUCAGCGUCAGCGUCAUGGGCAAAAACAAGAUCUCUAUGGCCAUCUGCUCUCCGUUGGAUCCCAACUUCAACCGAUCACAUCAUCGCCGCCGAAAAGCGUCUUCUCUCCCUCGUCAAGACUCCCUAUGUUGUGGAACAAGUGAAUAUAGGGUCUGGCCCACCGGGGUCGAAGGUGAGGUGGUUUCGUUCUAAAAGCGACGAGGCACGGUUUAUUAACACGGUUACUUUUGAUAGCAAAGAGGAGGAUUCUCCUACACUGGUUAUGGUUCAUGGAUAUGCUGCUUCUCAAGGCUUCUUCUUUCGCAAUUUUGAUGCUCUUGCUUCUCGUUUCAGGCUCAUUGCUAUUGAUCAGCUCGGUUGGGGUGGAUCAAGUAGACCUGAUUUUACGUGUAAGAGCACUGAAGAAACUGAGGCAUGGUUCAUUGACUCCUUUGAGGCUUGGCGUAAAGAGAAAAACCUCAGUAACUUCAUCUUACUUGGACAUUCUUUCGGAGGGUAUAUUGCAGCUAAAUAUGCACUCAAGCAUCCUGAGCAUGUUCAACAUCUGAUUUUAGUGGGAUCUGCUGGAUUUUCAUCAGAAUCUGAAGACAAAUCUGAGCAGCUUACUCGGUUCAGAGCAACAUGGAAGGGAGCAGUUUUGAAUCAUUUAUGGGAGUCUAAUUUUACUCCUCAGAAGGUUAUUAGAGGUUUAGGUCCUUGGGGUCCAGAUCUCGUACGCAAGUACACAACUGCUAGAUUUGGUUCAUAUUCAACUGGUGAGAUAUUAAAGGAGGAGGAGUCCAAAUUGCUUACAGACUAUGUGUACCAUACCUUAGCCGCCAAAGCUAGUGGAGAGCUAUGCUUGAAAUAUAUAUUUUCUUUUGGAGCAUUUGCUCGGAUGCCCCUUCUACAAAGCGCGUCACAAUGGAAAGUGCCAACUACUUUCAUAUAUGGGAUGCAAGAUUGGAUGAAUUAUCAAGGGGCCCAAAGAGCUCGCAAAGAUAUGAAUGUCCCAUGUGAAAUCAUUAGGGUUCCUCAGGGCGGGCACUUCGUUUUCAUAGACAACCCAACUGGGUUUCAUUCAGCUGUGUUAUAUGCCUGCCGGAGAUUUCUCUCACCCGAUCCUGAUAAUGAAUCUCUUCCUGAAGAUAUGAUUUUGCGCAAGCAGACAUCCAUGCACAAAUAAGCUUGAUGAGGGAAGUUGGACAUUAAUAAUGACGAUAACAGAAAGGAUGGGUCCGUUUAUUAUCGGUUGUGGGCCAAGCCAUUUAAGUUUACUCUUAAAUUUGUGGAUGGGUAAGGAAUUCGCAGAAUCGAGUGUUUUACUCCUUCGUGCAGUAAAAAUAUAGAAUUUAAAGAUCUUUUAGUUUUAGUGGAUGAAAGGGAUAGAAGGACAUAGGGGCAUGGGAUGGCAGAAGUAAAAAAAAUUGAAAGUGACUUAUGCUGCAUAAGUAAGAAAAUGGUGCAUUUGUCCAUUCUCAUUCAAGAGUUGGGCUCUUUUGAGUCUGAAAAGUCUGUAGUCAGUCACAAGAUGCAUUAAAAGACACUUUCAAGCUAGUAGUAUUACGUACACUGGUAUCAUGUA